AUGGAUUUUGCAUCAGCCCGUGGAACCAAGCUGGGCGAUAUAGUAAUCGAUCACCGCCCUAGCACAGGUCGUGGCAAGAAAAUUACCCUUGCGCAAGAGGGCGUGCUGAGGAGACUCUAUGAACAAGAAUUGCCCUCCGUACCUAAGGACGAGGUACCCGUGAAAGCUUUCUGGGUGAAUCUCGCGUCGCGGUUUCGUGAACAGACUGGUCGCGAGUAUUCGUGGUUGUCUGUGAAGCGGCGGGCUGCAGGUUGGCGCCAGAAGUCUCCAAAAGUUGACCAGCGACUGGAUAUCUCCCGCGAUACCGAGCUCGGGAUAGAGGAUUCGGUAGCUGGGCCUAGCCAUCAAGAUAUUGCUCGUGAAUCCUCACGACAGCAGGGUUCAUGUGACAGCGAACAACCCGCCUUGCCACACAAAAAGCCUUCCCUGCACCCGGAGGAUCCAAACACCCUGGGGUUGUCUCAACUUGAAGGAAGUCCCGGUGUCGGCGACUGGUUGCAGCGCAAUUUGUUUUCAGGCGUCACAGACUCAACUCAGGACAACCACAGCAACCUCAAAUCCCCUCGCGUAUCUCAACGCCGUCCCCGUUCAAGAUCGCCCCGGCGUGUGUCGCAGCCUAGAUAUCGUCGCCAAUCUCCUUCAACGAGACGCACCAAAAUUAUCUCCAAAAGAUUGCAUUACCAGCUCGCCUCUUCAUCUGAUGGGAUAGUCACAUCUGUCCCCAACCCCCUUUCCCGCUGCUCCCCGGCCCAUGAAGAUAUCCAGCCCGGUCAUCUCGGUAAACAAAAUCCCCCUAGAUUCAACCGUGUCCGCGAAUCGGUGGAAUAUGACGAGCCUGAGAACAACGCUCGUGAUUCAACAAGGCUUAAGCAUGGAGAGAGUAACGUUAGCAACGGCCCUCUUACCUCGCCGCACUUAUCUGAGCAAGAUGACCUACCACUUGCCCCAACCCGGAUAAUGAGAAGGCGUGUUGGAAAAUGA